AUGAAAGCGCUCAUGUUAUUGGCUUCAACACUGGACGACUGGGAAGACGCGAACAACUGUCACGUGGAGGCGGAGACCCUGUGGCGUGUACAUAGGCGUCGGCAUCCAGAGGGCGAGAACGCUGCGCUCGACAUGUACAUGGACGAGCUGCGCGAAUUCUUAGACGAAGUGGGUGUCGAGUUGGAGCGGACUAAGUCUGGAGACUACGACCCGGAAAAUGACGUGGAUGACAACAUCGCGGCGCAUGAGGAGCAUGUGAAGGAUGCGACCGACGCCAUGGAGACCCUUCAAAUGACCGACAAUGAGAUGGAAGAUUAA